UCAAUGUGUAAUUUUUUUGUGUUUUUAAAACCUUUUCUUUAAAUUCAGCAAAACCGAGUGACCGCCUACACCACAAUGCUUAGAAAUUAAAAUCACCAGGAUGCUUAGAAAUUAAAAUAAAAACCCACAAACCUGGGGCGUUACUGUAAUGCACAAUCAACAUUUAAAACAGUAUACGGAUCAUCGCAUUUCUGAUAUGAAAUUAACGAGCAGUGCAUCAGACCAGAAUGUUUUCUUCACUUAUGUAUGCCUAGUCAAUGAAGUAAAACCAUCCUUGAGUAGAAACGUUGAUAUGAACUCGCCAGACCGAGAUCUAUUACGAACAUCAAUUCAUAUUAUGCAUCAGAAUGCUGAUGAAAACAUUCAGGAGAAGUCAAUCCAACUGGAAAGGUCGAAAGCACUCCACGAGCUAGUUGAGUCGCCUAAACACGAUCAUGAUGAUCUGGUUACUACAGACCACGCAUGCAUACAAGCAUUGCAACAGAACGAUAAACCAAUAGAUGAAGAUAGUAAAUCAGACACUGAAGAAAAUAAUCAUUAUGUAAAUCCAAAGAAACUUCAAUUAACAAAAAUGAAAUGGUUAACGGAAGGUCGUGCAGAAUCCCCGGACUCUAGUUCUCCGUAUCUAACGCCGGACAACUCAAUGAGCUCGAUAAAUAGCGGAGAAUUUGACGACAUAGUCGGCACCCAACAAAGUUACGGAGAAAAAUGUUUAUCGACUAUACUGCAGCUUGAUCGAGAGCACAAUAUGUUUGGGUUAUCAAAUAUUGCCAUCGUUGGGAAGACCAAGUCAAAGAAAACACGUAAAGAAGAUAAUGGGCCUGUAUUCCCACAAACAACAAUAAUCCAGAUUUGUUGUGGAAGAAGUUGCUGUAAGCACAAGAGUAACACUGAUCUGCCGGCUUCACUCAAGUGCGGUGGUUGUCAAGGUUGCUGCAAUGAUCCAUGUUGCACAGUUAGUACGGGAAAGUGUGAUGAUCUUCCCCCGUCUGGUCCAUCACUUUGCUCCCAAUGCCCACGAGGAAAACCUACUUGCAAGACUCCAUGUGCACCCUCAAAGUGCAGCAUUGACUGCAAUACUUGUUAUGGAUUGAAGAUCUCGUUUAAAAGGAAACCGAAAUUCGAUCCAUCUCCCAAUGAACUCACACCGAGAUCGAGUUGCAUUUUGCAAAAACCAAUGGCAGCCCGCUCGUGCCACCACCUACCCCAAUGCAUCCCACCGACUUCCUGUUUCCCCUACCUAAUGCCGUGCUACUGGCCAGCUCGGGCUGGGGCGCCUUGCAAUAACCCAUCUCAAUGCUUUCAUAACCCUCCGUGUCGACCGCCGAGGAAGAGAAAGUUGUAUAUUCCCCCUGAAGAAGUAUGCCCUAAAUUAGGUAAAUGCGAAACUAAAGACACAAAAUGUAGCAAUCAAGCUUGCCCUGGGCAAAAUCCAAUAAUGAAAUCAGCUAUCGAAAGCAGAUUCGGAGGGAAAAAUUAA